CUGUUAUAGGCCAAUAAACUUUUAUAUCAUUUUUAUCUAAAUUAAAUGUAAUAAAACACAUCAGAAUUUAACUCUCAUUCUCUACACACGUUGAUGAUAUUAUUAUCAAACAUUUAAAACGUGAAAUUAUUUUAUUUAUACACCUGGAACGCAUAAAUUUUUAUUCUUAGUACUAAGAAAUAAGUAUGUUAGUCAUUUUUGAAAAAAGAAAGACAGUUUCAUACGGAUUAUACUAUUUUCAACGUGAAAAGUAAAUAUACUACAUUGCAAAGAAAACAGUUUCCUGUCAAUUAUUCAGUGAACGAGCCAUAAAAUUAUUCAACUACACUAAUCUCACCAACAAGAUUUUUCUAAACACAAGGAAGUGCACACAAGUAAAGUAGAAGAAAGUGAAAGCAACUUGUGAACAAUCCCUAACAUUCAAUCGUCAUUGAAAAAAAAGGCCUACUAUUUGAUUGACAGAAAGACAGAUGUUUCGCAGCUGUGUAACUCUAACUUUUAUAAUAUUCAUCUGGAUCUCUUACUCUACUGUACAUAAUACACUUCACAGUGAACAAAAUCAUACCAUUGUUUGGUUAGAUAUCAAAACAGGAAAUAAUAAUUUACUUAUUCAUCAAGUUCUUUCAAGAAUCAUUCAAUCGAUGAUUAAUCUACAAAAUUCAUCUAAACAACAUCAUUAUGUUAAAACCCGUUCUAUGAUUAUAAUGGAUUGUAUAGUUUUCAAUAUAAAAUACCGGUACGGAAAUGAACUACAUAAUCUUAUUGAACAACCUAUCCAUCAACGAACUGUAAACAUUCAUUUAAAACGGCUAUAUUUUCCUGAUUGUGCAUCAAUAAACAACCAACACAAUUUGUAUGGUAUCAGUUGUAAUCAUUUUUCAUUUUAUCAAGAAAAUGUAAAUAAAUAUCAUGAAAUGAAGGAAUUUUAUGAUUUUCCGUAUAGUCAGAUAGAUAUUUUCCGAUAUACAAUUCAUAAAGUAGAUAAUCGUUUUAAUGGAAGUUGGAUAUGUCAUUCGGAUGAUAAAUCGAGUAAAGUUCAUAAGCUCAUUGUUUCAGAUUUGCAGCAUUCUAAAGUUCAAACUAAUUUGCAUACUUCCAUCCCUCAAAAUACACCAGUUCAAGUUGAAUGUGAUUAUGUACCUUUUACAAACGUUACUAAUAAUACAGAAUCACACAAGAAUACUUCAAAUGCACACAAGGAAAAUGUUAUGAACGUUGCAAAAAUCACUUGGAAGUUAGCACUAAAUUCACCCAAUCAAUCAGAGCUCAAUGAGACAAAUGAAGUUGAUUCACUCUUACAUGAUAAACGAAUAGAUUCAUUUACACCAAAACUGGAAAAAUUCACUGAUCUCAUAAUAAGCAAAAGAAAACUAGAUUGUCAAAUAACAGGGAAACAACAACGUCGUGAUAAAAGACAAGUUGAUUACGAUGGUUAUUAUCCAUCUACAUCUGUUCGUUUGGCUACAAAUUUAUCUCCAGAUUAUUUUGUUCAAGUUGGUACCACACUUGAAAUUAAAUGUACUGCUGAGCCUGGUAAUGCACUUUCAAAAUUAUCACUUUUACGUCAACGAUUUGAUGAAUCUAAGGCAACAGUUAUUCAAACUAAGACAAGAUAUCUUAGUCCGUCGAAUUCUUUUGUAAAUAUGCGUAAAGAAGUAGCUCAAGAGUUUGUUGUCACAUUGAGUGAAGAAGACAAUGGUGCUUCUUUUUUCUGUGAAGUUACAAGUACUGGAAUCAAGUCGAGUAAAGUGCGUUCUGAUGGUGUACGAUAUAAUGUAUCAUUCCCGCCCCGGGCCGUUUACGUACAAUCAUUUCCCGAAGGUUUGGUUGCUGAGUCAAGUCAGAAAAUGUUCAGUUGUCAAACAGAUAGUAUGGGAAGCAAUCCUCCAGCUAUACUGAAAUGGCAGCAGCUUGAUUCUGCCGGUGCUGUUAUUUCAUUGGAAACUUUGAAAAUGUCCGUGGAUGUGGACUUCAUCACGCAAAGUAGUGGUGCUAUUGUAACUCGUUCUAAUCUAACAAUUCUUGCAACUAGAGCAUUGAAUGGAAGACGAUUUGAAUGUUCUGUUGUAUUCAAUGAUUCAAAAAUACUUCUUCGAUCAGAAGGGUUUCUAGAGGUUAUGUUUUCUCCGAAUAACAUACGAUUAACAGCUCAACCAAUAAAUGGUGUUCCAGAAGCUGGUCGGUUAGAAUUGACAUGUGCUACUAGUUCAUGUCAUCCACCUGCUGUGAUACGUUGGCUUGAAAUUCCACCCGAUAAGAUACAAGAGAAGCAUAGAAAUAUCGAAGAGAAUUUUCAACCAAUUAAUUUAUUUUCAAGUGAAUUAACUGAUCUUGCCCAAUUAGAAACUAAUCAAGGAGAUUUCGGCGGGACUAAAGUUUUAAGCACGUUAGUGAUCACCAAAACUUAUCGAUCUCAUCAAAAUACAAUUUAUCAGUGUCUGGUUAAUCAUACAGGAAUGAAUAAACCUGUUCUGAGUGAGCAUAGAUUACAAAUCUUAUAUCCUCCAUCAAUUCAUAUCAUCAGCCUACCUAAUCAACCAAUUGCAAGACAAUCUGUUACAUUAUUCUGUCAAGCAAUUGGAGGAAAUCCUUCAAAUGAUUUGAUUUAUGCAUGGUUUGUAGCUAAAUCAACACAAUUUUCUAGCCUAUUAAAAAAACAAGAUGAUGAAAAUCAAUUAUUAAAUGAUGAAUCAUACGACGAAGACACAGAGGAUUCAUUAAAUUUGUCCAGUUUAAAAAAUCACUUUCUAUCUGCUUCACAUCUAACACAAAGGCCAGAAUUUGGCAGUAUGAUUCAAUUAAGUGGAUAUCAUGAUUCACAAUUAAAUUUAACCAAUAUUAAAUUAUCACAAGCUGGUUGGUAUGGUUGUGAAGUAUCUGGAAUCGGUGGAAGUUCCCAUGCAUUAUAUCAUCUUGAUUUGUACUAUCAACCUGUAAUGAACAGACGUACACAAACUCACGUUAUGGCUCAUAUAGGUGAAUCUGUAACUUUAGCUCUAUAUGUAGAUGCUAAUCCACCUUGGGCAGAAGCUGAGUGGUUUCAGAUAGACACCUAUAAGAAUGGAGCUGGAAAAAUCCACAAUUCUCAGCAAUAUGUUGAACCUCAGGCUUAUUUUGAACCGCAACAAAUAAAUUAUGGUUAUCUACAAUCGUACGAUUCGUGGCCUCGUUUUAAACGAAGAGCAUUGAAUCGAUUUCAGUCGCAUUUGUCAACGUCAGAUUUGUCUGAAGAACAAAAUUCACGUCAAUCUAUUGGGCAAAGAAAAAACAUUUUCGCUUCCAGGGGUACUGGUCUUAAUGGUAACCUUACAUUUUUUCUCAGGUUCACAGAAGUUAAAUCUGUUGAUUUCGGUACAUACGUUUGUCAAGUUCGUCAUCAAUUAGGUGUAAAAGAAUUCACAUUUCAUUUAUUAAAGAAAACAGGAGCUGGAGUUAUAACAGAAGAUUCCAUUGAAGUCAUUCAUCAUGGAUCAACUACAAGCAUUCUAUUUAGUCCUCCAUUGAAAUCUUCCCUUAUGAAACUUAUCCUUCGAGUUUGCCGACGUGAUGCUUUCUUAGGUAAUCAUAAACAAACUGACAAGCAGUCUGUAAGUAAGCACCAUUUCAAACGGAAUAUUCUACAUCAAAAAGUAUCAAUCGACUUAGGAAAUGUUUCAAAACAAAAUGAUAUUACAAAUCGAUUAGAUGAUUCACAAAUUUCUGUUAAUUCUAGAACUAUUGGUUGUGAAGAUUAUCAUGUUGCCAAACCUUGGCUAGGAAAGAUGGAAAUACAUUUAUCUGAUGCAGUUCAGUUGUAUAAUUUUCGAUUUCUUUUAUUUCAAGGUACAAAACUUUUGCAAGAAACAUCUCCUGUGUUAUGGCAACCAGAAAUAUCUAAAACGCGAGGUGUACUCAGUAAAUCCUUGUUAGCAUUAGCAGUGAGUGGUGGUUGUGCACUGGUAAUUGUAUUUAUUAUCACAACAAUUAUAGUCUAUUCGUGUUAUGGUCGGAAUAAACGUGCUUCAUUAAAAUUUUGGAAUAUUAAAAAAAGUUUGAAAUCAAGGACUUUUCAACACUCCAGUAAAAAUCUAGACGUUCCAAAUCAUAUUGGAUCUGAGUUAGGUUUUGAACUUCACAGUGAUCUUGGAUCAGUACGUAAAUAUCAACCAGAAACUCCAUACAAACAACCUCCAAGUGAUUCUUUCACUUCACAUGGAUAUAAUAAUUCAUUGAAUGGAAUUCAUCAAUUCAAUUCUUUACAAACUUCCGUCAUAAAUAGUGGAAUAGAUGGUGUUAGUAUUGAUAAUGAAUGUGCUGCUCUAUUACAUAGUUGUAAUUCAGUAGCUAGUAGUCAAAGUACACGUAUGAAUAUAAUCAAUAGUAGAAUAUUUGCUGAAGCUUAUGCUGCUGCGGCUAGAGCAGCUGCAUCUGUAGUCAGUGGAAGCACUGAUAUUUAUUCACCCAGCUCACAAAUCACAAAUGAUCAAAGUUCACAAAAUAAUGAAGAACGUAAUCGAUCACAACAUUCACUACUUUAUUCAGUGAAUCAAGAAAUCAAUAAUGGAUUUAUCAAUGCAUCCAAAGAGGCAAAUAUAAAUUCAGAGAAUACUGGUGGUUGGAAGAAAUAUAAUAACAUUAAUAAUAAUAAUAAUAGCAAUAGUAGUAUAUGUUUAAAGAAUCGCGACAAACGUAAAGCCGGUGAAAUUAACAAGUAUAAACAUUCUUUACAAGGAAUUAGAAAACAUUCAAGAAUUAGUCUAUCUAGUCAACCAGAACCCCAUGGAUCCCAUUUGUCUGUACAAUUACCUUCAAAAUACCCGGCGAACUAUUCACAAUGGAGUAAUGCUUCUGGUACUUCUUAUUCUAGUCUAGUAAGUCCAAGUCAAACAGAUUUACAAGUUGCAGCUCAAGUAGCUGCCGCUGCAGCAGUUGCAUCAGUUGUAGAAAAUAUGAAUUUAGGUCUAGCUAUGAAUCAUGCUUCAUCAUUAAAUAAUGUCGGUGGUUAUUGUCUUAUGCCUAGACCAUCAUCAAGAGCUGCAUCAGUAACUGGUCCGACGACUAGAAAUAUCAAUAGGCCAUGGAUGGAAAAUGAAGAUGGAGAGAGUAUGAAAUUCGGUAUAUUUACACCGAGAAAUGCUUCAACUGGACAGGCUACACCAACUGCUAGUGUUGACACUGUCGAUCCAAAUUUACAAAUAUCAACUCCAAGCCCAAUAUCACAACAUCAACAACAAUAUACUGGUGAUGUUAAUAAUAAUCAUAACAAUAGAAAUCAAUUGAGCUUAAAUAAUCAACAAAUAAAUGGGAAUUUCACUACUACUACUCAAUUCAAUGUUACUCCACAGACAAAACUAGAUGAAAGGUAUCAUCAGAAUUAUAAUCCAAAUCGAUCAGUUGAUGCACAAAAUAUUCCGAAUCUAUAUGCAUAUCAUCAUCAACAACAACAACAACAGCAACAGCAACAACAACAACAAAUGUAUCCUCUACAUGGAGCACGAGCACCGUACUCAACAUUCAUUAAUCCAACAACACAGGUAAAUAUUUCAUCAUCACCAACUAAUUUUAAUGGUACUGAACAAAAUGCCUCCUUACUAGCCUAUUAUCGUAUAUUGGCACAAAAUCAAAUGCUUAAUAGGCAUAAAUUACAACAAUUUCAUCAAUAUCAAUUAAUGCAACAUCAACAACGACACCCACAGCAGCAACAGCCACAGCACCCACAGCCGCAACAACAACAACAAAAUCACGGUAGGACUGAAUUGAAACAAACAUUGAGCAUGAACAAGUUGCAACAACAAAUGAAUGGAUCUAAAAAUUUAGUAUCAGAUCAGAAAGAUCAAAAAAAACCGAAUUUAGAAAGUUGUAUUCAACCAGAUCAAAAGAUGGAGUCGAAAAGCGAUGUGAAUUCUAGUCAGAUCAAUAAAAAAGUCAGUGAAUGUGUUGAUCAACAACUUGAUGAAAGGAAAUUUAAAAAAGGAAAUUUACCAAACAGUGUCAACCAAGAUGAACAAAAUUCACCGAGAAAUCAAACAGUUGAACAUGGUAACUCUGAAAUCAAUAAUCUAGACGUAAAUGAAGUUAGUCAAACAAUGAACAUAGACGAUGCACAAAAUAACAUAACAGAACCAUUAUUAUCAACUGAAGUAAAUGCAUCUUACCAUAAAAAAACCAGUCACAUUUCGUUAAAUGAAACACCAUCAUUGUUAUUAAAUGAUAAACAAAUUAUUAAUCCUACAGAUAUCAACAAUGAAAAUGUCCAAAAUAAUAGCUUUAACCAACCUCUUACUAUAACCAUCAAUUCAGAUCCAUAUUAUAAUUCAGUAGCAGAUCAUAAUACAUAUCAUAAUCAUGGUGAACGUCAAUCUCCUUCACAAAAUAAUACAGUAUAUAAUGAGCUGAAAGUCAGUAAUAAAAAUAAUAAUCAUAAUACACAUUUAUCAGAACAAUCUCAAUCUUCAAACUACUCUCAGAAUACACCACAACAAUCACCAAUGACGCCAUCAUCACAAUCAACACAACAAUCUAAACAGCAACCUCGUCUAGGUAUUCAUUCACCAAUAAGAACAAAUCGUCAUUUAAAUUCUACAGAACAAAGUGCAUUCAAACAAGUUGCUGUUACCCAAGAAAAAUUAAUGAUUUUACAUGAUAUGAAAUUAUCAAAUGAAAAUAAAUCAAAUGAUAAUUACUUAUCGAGUGAAACAAACAUACAUUCGAAUUCUAUUGCAUAAGGGUAUAAACUAAAACAAAUGGAUUACACUAUGUACAGUAACAUUAAUUUAAUAAGUAUAAAUUGGUAAUGUUCUAUACACAUAUAGUGAAUAUAUUAUUAAUAAAUACCAAUCAAGUAGAAUAAAACCGGAAGACAAAUGAAC